UUUGUCUUUUCUGUACAUGUGCUUGCUGCAUCUGGGAUUUGUUUUAUGAUAUCUCGACUGCUUUUUUUGAUAGUGGCAACCGAUUGGAUGUACCGUGACCACGACCCGGCAUUGACCCGACCUCUUGAUGUGAUUAAAUCCUUGACAUACCUCUGUUACUCUCCAGCUACUGUCGCAUCUUUAGUUUGGAAUUUUCUCAUAAAUUACCAGUGUUUCACAAGGUCUAUCCUUUCGCCGUCGGAUCCACCCAAUACAAUUGCCGUAUCUGGUUACCCUUUCACGGUUCUCCUCCGUACUGCCACCUUCACCCCUCUUGCAGCUUCUCACCAGAUUGCUCUUUGUCAAACUCUUCUCAGGUCGUUCUUUACCCUUGGCUACAACUCUGGACAACUUGACGACUUACGAACCACACAUCACCGGGAAUCACUUCUAACCUAACGACUAACGAAGCCGAGAUGGCUCGUGGAGGACCUUCAACGCUUCUGACUUCGAUGAAUCCGUCGACAGUCAGCAAAGCUCGGGUUACGAUCGGACACAUGUGAGUAUCCAUUCAUCGUUAUGGGAUUAUGGACUGUUGCGUAAUCUCCAUUCCAACAUCUACUUUUGGGCCGGCGAGAUCUGCUAUGAUUCUUCCUGAAGGGUUAGAGGACCGGGCAACGUUAGAGGAGAUCGUAGGCUGAACGCCUGCCCCAAGCGCAGCGACGACGUGAUGGAUUUCUGCUUGGGAAAUCAGGUUCCUUUCGUCGGUGCAUUUCAUAUUUUGAGUCCAGGGACUGCCACACGAUACGAAGAAUGAUAUACCUGUCUUCCCCGGCAUUCCGUCGCAAUAUCUAUCUCUCGGAUCUCAAGCGUACUCUCUUUAAAGAGUUGAAAUUGAACUGAACGCCACAUUUUCUUGUAGUCAACUACGGGAUGUGCUCAUUUGUCCGCAUGAACGCGGUGUCGUUUACUACCCGCAGGAACAGUCUAUCGUGGAGCAUGACAUGACAGCACCUUCGCCACAGACGAGGCAAAUAGUCGAUUUACCCUUCGUCCCGAACUCUCUGUCCUCUCUCGCUUUGUCAUCAGAGGAGACACUACUCGCAGCGGGUGGUCAAGAAGCCGAAUUACACUUAUCACUCUAUUCUCCUCCGUCUCCAUCGUAUCCAAGCGAAGAUGAGCCUCGAGAAGCGCGGCGGUUUGGAAGACAGCGAUGGAAGAUGGAUACGGUCCUAGAGCAAGCUUCGAUUAACAACUCCGUUUAUCUGCCGAAUCUCAAUCUGUGUGGAUCAAAUGAGAGCAGCUUUGAACCGAGGAUCAUGAUCAGCAAUAAUGACCGUACUGUCAAGUUCUUCGACAUCUCGCUAAGGGGGAAGAAUCAUAGUAUGGACGGAAAGUCGUCACGACUAUCUAGCGCGGGGGAACUUCAUCUUGACGUGCCUGUAAACCACUCUUCAAUAUCGCCCGAUGGACGUACGCUUCUGUCAGUAGGCGACUCUCCGGAUGUCUAUCUCCACCGCAUAUCCGGUGGUGCUCGUCUAGCAUUUUCACCCAUCAACAAACUGUCACUCUCUCCCUAUAUCGGCACAACGUCCUCCUACAGCUACAACCCCCAUAUACCCUACUCUUCAUCUGCAGUACCUGCAUCCUUCUCAACCGCCUUUUCAGCCAAUGGGUCGAAAUUUGCGGUUGCUUCUCAGGAGGGAGUGGUUGUAGUGUGGGAUGUCAGGAGUACUAAGCCUUUGAAAGUUAUCCAGACUGACAAGACGAGGACGAAUACGAGACAGAGGGGUAAUGGGAGUAACACGGCUAGUGGGUGGUUGUUUGAGUCACCUUGGGAUUGGGCGAGGAAUAGUAAUAAUGCACCCGGUUGGGGCGUGCGAAGUGUGAAGUUUAGUCCAGCUGGGACUGGCCAAGAGAUCAUGACCUUCACAGAGCAUACGUCAUUGGUGCAUAUGAUGGAUGCCCGUACAUUCGAAACGCACGAAAUUGUUCGUAUUCCUAACUUUGACACGCCGCAAAGCACUCGACCUCCAACUGCUCGCCCACGCUCAUCUUCACCACCUGCUCGUUCCUCACCUUCACUCUCCUCAUCAACCGUCGAGCCACAAUCUCUUCCACAACCUGCUCGCAUACUCCUUUUCAGCGGAGCUGUUGAGGAUACAUUCCGUAUUCCGUUGGACGUCGAAGGUAUACGCAACACUAACGCCAGAAGACGGAUUCGACGUCGACGCGACGAUAGUUCUGGGGCUGAUGACGACUUGGAUGGUAUCGUUGUGAUUCCUCCGCUUGGCGAUAGAGACGUCGAAAAUGACGUACGACGAUUAUUAGGUCGACCUGUUCGCUCUCGUAUUUCACUCUUGCCAGGCUCAAGCUCAGGGUCUCAUGAUGAUUCCGAGCGGGAGCUGGAGGGUGAAGACCGAGUGGAUGAAGACAUGGAUGUUGACGAACUUGAAGCCUGCUUAUCGUCGCAUACACCCUCCCGUGCACCUUCACCAGCACCUCCCAACACAGCAAGUGCUUCAACCUCUUCCUACACGCCCUUUCAGGCACCAGCAACUUCAGCAAUACGCAUGUCACAAGCAUUCGAACAUCUGCGUUCUCCUCGUCCGAGUACUCUUGCUAGGCGAGAAUCGUCUGGGCCAUAUAUUCCUCGCCGUCCGUCAUCUCAUAUUCGUCGACUUCAUAGGCGCAACCAGAAUGUUUCGGAAAGUACGAAUAAUAACGAGCCUGCGGACGUUGAGCAGGACAUUGCAGGGAUCUGUUUCGAUCCUACUGGGCAACAUAUCUACGCUGCUGCUACCAAGGGCAUCUCCGAGUGGACAGUUAGAGGAGCGGAGAAGAGUUGGUGGAUCGACUCUUCCUGGGCUUAAUUGUCAUUUCCCUUUGCAUUAUCAUAUUACGACCGUUGCUGAUUCCUCUUCUUUGUUUUCUUCCUCAUGCCCCACUUCACGACUGUAGCAAUUGUUAUCAUUUCAUCGUUUAGCUCGCUCAUCUUGUGUACUCUGAUUGCGGAGUACUCGGACACUGCUCGCUUGGUCGUCUUCAUGAUUUAGUUUAUUGCUAUCGCUCUUCUCAUUGCCAUGGUGUCUGUAUAUGUAUAUGUAUAUCAUUCUGUCUCCCUCUGUGCAAAUAUCUGUACCUGUAUUCAGUGUUUACCGUACAAGUUAUAGGAUCUCCUGUUCAUAGUAACUUACUUGCAUGCUAUCGAGUGGAUGCUGCCAAAUGUACGCUCUACGUGAAUGUCAACUUUGGCCAUG